AUGAAAACAUACUCUUAUUUAAUCGCCUAUUUAUUAAUCUUCAUCAACAUAAACCUAGUUCUUUGUAAUAUAUUUCAAACUGUUGGAAACUAUUUGGGAUUCAAAACGCAAGACAAUGAAGUCGAAACAGAUUUAUUCGAGCUCAAAGUGCCUUACGAAGUCUCCACCAUAGAUGAAAACUUUAUAAAAGAAGCAGCAAAACUUACAGGCCUUGCAUUAUCCGAAUUGGAUUCUUGUCAACAUAGGGUUGUUCUCAAACUGAAAACAGACUGUGAUAAGCUGAACGAUGAACAAUUGGCAAAAAUGGCAGUUCACCUAUUGAAUUGCCAAUCGUGGGUAGAAGGCAGGCCUAUUUUUCCAUGCACCGAUGAGAUGUCCAUUAAGGAUUGCACGAUUAACAUGGACUCUGAUACAUGGACAAGCUACCAUUUGAUGAGCAACAGGGCAAGAGCAGUAUGUUAUACAAUCAGGCAAAGCCAAUUCCGUGGCUUAGCGGAACACACCAUAAAUAGAUUGAUGGAUACAGCUAGAUCUCAACUAAAGAAUCUGGGUGAAAUAUCGAGCACCCAGCUGGAUUUGAAGGACCUCACUGAAAAAACGUAUCUAAGCGUCAAGCAAGGGCAGCGUGAAUUAUUCGAGCAGCAAGACGACAUUAAAAAAGCCCAGUUUUACGGGCAACUAUCGAUCGAAGAUAAUAUCCAGAGACUGGCGAAUGAGAAAAGGUUAAUUGCGGAGACCCACAACAAUUUAAUAGUGAUGACUAGAAAUAUACAACAGAAACUGGACGCUUCCUUGGACCAGCUUCAAGAGCAAUCUGAUGAGAGUAAAGUUAAUCAUAGGGAACUGAUUAAUGACUUGUUAGUUAUUCAAGAGAAAACCAAAGAUAUUUUUGAUAGAAUAGAAAAAUCCUCUUCAUUACUCAUAAAACAAAGCGAAGAUUUUAAUGCUCAGUACAAAUCGACUUUUCGUAGUUUACAAGAAAUGAAUAAGACAGUUAGCGAGCUAAUUGCUUUGAUCGAGGGUACUUGGAUGUCAUUAGAAGAAAAGAUAACGUGGAUAAUUACUGCUCUAGGAGGAACAGAUUUAGCAUUAGACAGAAUUUAUCUCAUAUUUUGGCAUGUUUCCUUUGUUCUAAUGGCUAUGUUGAUUUGUUCAUUUUUAGCAGCCAGACCCAGUACUAGACUAGUGGUGACGUUAUUACCCCUUAUUAAUCUUAUUUUAGGUUUAUUUAGCGAUUUUAAACACCUGGAAUUGCUACAUGUCCUUGGCAUGUCCGGUCUUAUCAUUAUCACUCAGUCAAUAAUUCUCUGGGGUACAUCUGCAAAACCUAAGAUAGCGGGUGCUAUAAAGUGGAAUAGCGAGUCUUCAAAGAAUUGUACACAUGUUACAAGUGAGCAGAAAUUUCAAGUACCUAGUUCAAGUAAAGAUGACAAGGAAGAUGAAUGCGAUGAUGAAAGUAGGGAUACUUUUCAAGAUUUUAAUAUAACCCCUCCUGCAUCGAGAAACGGUCAUUACUUUGGAUCACGAAGCAGAAGUAGGACGCCUUUAUCAAAUUCAAUAAAAAAUAAUUGUCAUGCUACAACUAGAAUGGGUACUCCAUGUAAAUUAAGUUCAUUGCCCGGCCGAGAUUUUUGUUAUCGGCAUCAAAAUGGUAGCUCUGUAAUGGGGUAA